AUGGUUCUGAAAACCGGACCGGACCGGCCGGUUCAACCAGAAAAAUCGGGAACCGAUUACCUAGCCGGUCCGGCCACCCACCAAUCACCCAAGCUCCCAGCCUCCUCCCCUUUCUUCCCCCCUCAUCCACCAAGGCCACCAUUGCCACCGCCCACCAAGCUCCAGAUUCCAGCAGCGCUCCUCAUUCGCCACCCAGCAACGCUCCUCAGCAGCCGCGACCACCACCGCGUUGAGCCCGCCUCCUCGUCGCCGAACCUCGACGAGCUCGCCGAGCCCGCCUCUCAUUCGCCGAUGGAACAAUCACAAAGUAACUCACAGCCACAAGAUAAUGCUGCUCAAAAUUCUCAAACUGGUUCAUCUAGAGGUAAAUCUGAUCCAGCUUGGCAGUAUUUUACAGUGAAGUAUGACAAAAAUAACAAGGCUCAAUAUACAUGUAUUUUCUGCUUGAAUACUUACAAUGGAGGGGGGAUAUAUUCAAAGAGGAGGAACCGAUUAGAGCAUCAAAGGCUAAGUGACAUUGUUUAUGUCACUUAUAAUCUACGCCUUCAAUCUAGAAUGCAUCGCAAGAAGAAGAAUUAUGAUCCAAUUGACAUUCAAAGCAUUAACACAGUAGAUUUUUGGGUAAUGCCGGAUGAAGAUGAUCCUGAAUUUACUAAUGGAGACAUCGAAGGCAUUGAAAAUUUAAUUUAUACGGAUAAUGCUAUGCCUUCAUAUCCUACAGAUGGAGGAGAUGUGGAACUUGAUGUGGAUUUUCCUAAUGUUGCUGAUUCUUCAAAUACAGCUUCUUUUGGUGGUACUUCUGAUGAUGGUGGCUUUGGAUUACCUGUUUAUGAUGGAGAUGUUGGAACACUUAAUGAUAAUUAUGAUUUUUGAUGAGUUGCACCUUUGAUUAGUUAAAAACUUGCUAGUAAUUGUAUCUUUUGAAUGUAGAACAUUAUGGGUUUGUCAUUAUGUACGUUUUAUUUUUUGUUUAGUUAUAAACUUUGAUGUUUGAAGUUGUU